AUGACACAAUCUUCCUGCCUCUGUGGCGCCAACGUCAUCACCUACUCAGGCGAGCCCGAACUCAAGUUCCGAUGCCACUGCGCGGACGAGCCCAAGCUCACAGGCGCCGCUCCAUUCUCGCUCAACUUCAUCAUGUCCACCGACACGUUAAAGGUUGUCAAGGGGAAACUCAAAACCUGGGGAUUCGUCGUAGAAAGCGGCAAUUUCAUGUCCAACCACUGCUGUGGAGAAUGCGGGAGCCUAUUGUACAGGACUUCGACCGGGUUCCCGGGAAAGAUGGCGAUCAAGAUUGGCUGUGUUGACGAUGGUGACUUGGUAAAGUCGUUUGUGCCGGAGGUGGAGAUUUUUACUAGGAAUAGAGCUUCUUGGGUGCCUGCUAUUAAGGGGGCGGUUCAAAAUUGGUCCGACUUUGGGACAGGGGAAGACCCAGAGGCGUUGCAAGGAAGGAACUGA